AUGAAUUACUCUCCAACUAGCAAUUAUGGCAUGUCUUAAUAUCUCAGCACCCAUCAUGACUCUAAGAGAAAUUCAUCUUCAAAGAAAUCUUUCAUUGUAUAGAAUCCCAAAAAAGAGUUUUUGAGCGAGGCUUUUGUUAAGAAAACCAUAGAGGAUUUGGAAACUCAAGUGAGUACUAAGGUAAAAACUUUGAGAAAGUCGCAGUACAGUCAACUUGCAAGCGUCAUUAAAUAAUCUCAAGAGUCUACUCUCAAUAACUAAAAACAAAGAAGAGGAAAGUCAGCAUCAUAUGGAGGCUAAAGACCAAAGUAUACAGUUAAUUACUCUGGCAGCCUUCAGGAGAUGACUAAGAAUCUGGUUAUAUAUGACUAGCUAUGCCAAAUUAAGAAGAAUGAGAAGGAUGAACUUGUGAAUCUGAUCAAGCAGCAGAAGCUUGACAUAAAGCAUUCGAAGUAAAAUGCUCGGUCAGCAAUCGCAGUAGAAUCUGACUUAUUCAGGGAAAGUAAUAAAAUUACCAAGGUUAUCAAGAGGAAAAAUAAUGACUGCUUCUUUUUCGAAAAGGAGAUAUCUGAGAUUACAGCAUAAAUUCCAGAGUUGAGACAAGGUAUAGAGGAGUAUAAGGCAUUGAAUGAAGAAUUAAAGAAGAGAAUUGAUUAGGAAAGAGAAGUAAUGGAGGAAGAGUAAGCAUUGAUUCCUAAGCUACUUUCUGCAAUAGAUGAAAUAUAAUACUAAAAGGACAGACUAAGCACUGAAAUAGUUAAAUAGUAAAAACUAAAAGAGAGGCUCAACUAAGAUAUCAUCAAGCUAAUAUGCGAGAGUAAUUCUCUUUUCAAAAGAACUGAAAAAAAUGUUAUGAACAAACCUUAAUAAUUUGUUUAAUGA